GAGCAGAAAGAAACAACGUACCGGAAACGUGAAUUGAACUUUGAAGAAAAGAAAAGAAAAGAAAAGGAAAACAACGAGAUAUUUUUUUUUAGAAGAUCUUACUACUUCAUUCGGGAAUCGUAUUAGAGAAUCUAAUUACACUUAUUUUUUUUGUGUGUACGGAUCUAUUUCCUGCUCGUACUUUAUGUAUUUAGAUUUGUCCCGUCCUGCGCGUCGUCCUACUAUGGUCAUAAUGGAGAUCACGAACAUCGACUGCGGCUCUCUGCGGGCGCUUUUGGAGGGAACUGGAGCCGGCUGUCUUGUUCUGGACUGCCGCUCGUUCUUCUCCUUCAGCUCUUCUCACAUUUCCGGCUCGACAAACGUGCGCUUCAGCGCCAUAAUGCGGCGCAGAGCGCGCGGAGGACUCGGGCUAGAACACAUUGUUCCCAAUGAGGACACGCGGAGCAGACUGCUCUCCGGAGAGUACCGGACUGUGGUUCUGCUCGAUGAUCGGAGUGUAGACUUCAAACAGGUGAAGAACGACGGGACACUGAUGCUGGCCGUGACCGCUUUGAGUCGUAACAACCCCCGCGGAGUGGACGUGUUUUUCCUGAAAGGUGGCUUCGAGACGUUUUCAUCCGAGUUCCCUGAAAUGUGUACCAAAGCUCCACCACCACAAGGCUUGAGUCUGUCCCUGAGCCCCAACUGCCCCCCGGGAAGUGCAGAAUCAGGCUGCAACAACUGCACCACUCCUCUCUACGAUCAGGGUGGCCCAGUUGAAAUUCUACCUUUUCUAUACCUUGGAAGCGCUUACCAUGCUUCCCGUAAAGAUAUGCUGGACAUGUUGGGCAUCACAGCACUCAUCAACGUCUCCUCCAACUGCCCGAAUCAUUUUGAGGACCAUUAUCAGUACAAGAGCAUUCCAGUCGAAGACAACCACAAAGCGGACAUUAGCUCCUGGUUUAAUGUGGCGAUUGAAUUUAUUGACUCUGUGAAAAACAAAGGUGGCCGUGUCUUUGUGCACUGCCAGGCGGGCAUCUCGCGCUCAGCCACCAUCUGUCUGGCCUACCUCAUGCGUACCAAUCGCGUCAAGUUGGACGAGGCUUUCGAGUUCGUCAAACAGCGCCGCAGUAUCAUCUCACCCAACUUCAGCUUCAUGGGCCAGCUGCUGCAGUUCGAGUCACAGGUGCUCGCCACAUCCACCUGCUCGUCGGAGGCGAGCAGUCCAGCACUAAGCAAGAGUGGCACUGUUUUCAACUUUCCUGUCUCCAUUCCUGUCCAUGCUGGUGCCAGUCCAUUGUCCUUUUUGUCCCAUCAUAGUCCCAUCACCCCUUCACCAACCUGCUAAAUAGACUUCAUUAUUCUGAUACUGUUGAUGGAGACAUCCUGGUCAUUUUUAAAAUGUCUUGUAAUUGGAGGUCACAUUGACUCUGCUUGUCUAAAAGAUUAUAACACAACCAUCAGAGUUACAACCACGGGCUGGCCUCGUGUCUUGUUGAUUCACUGAUUACUGUAGUAUUUUUUAUAGCAGGACUCUUGCUCCUAAACUAUAUCUUCAUGCAGUUCUGGUUAGGAAUAGGUGGCUGGUCCAGAUUGUUCACCAGGGCUGCCUUUGUUUUGAAAACACUCAAUGUUGAUUGAACUGAAGAGAAUGGGCAUUCAUCAGAGUGUGAAUGUUUGUUGUCUGUUUGCUGCAGUCACCACAAUUUGAGCCUUGCAACUGAUAAUCAUCGGGCCUUCUGUUUUCUCAGGAAGAGUAAUCUUUAUUUCUUGACUCUCUUAAUCUUUGUUUAUCAUACACACAAUCUGAAGUGGCUGCAAGUUGUCAGACUUUAAGGUGCUAACCUGACUGAAUGUCCCCUCUUUUUUUUCUUUUCUUCUCUUUUUUUGUGAAUAAUGAAUGUAUUUAUUUUCUAUGGCAAGACCUUCUGCCUUCGGACAAUGAAAGUGAAACAUGGCUCUUUUUAAGGGCCUCUGUGCCUUUCAGACGUUUAACCAGCCUACCAAGAUGUUUGUUUUGUCUUGUAAACAAACACGAAAUACCUCAUGUGUGUGUAAUUUUGGCAGUCCUGCAAGAUCCACAACCUAUAAAAUUGGAGUGACUUCCAGGAGACUGUAUCAAUAUGUGAUAUUUAUUUACUAAAUUAAUAUAUUUCAUAUGGUAUAUUUUUUACAAUCUUUGUGAUAUGUUUUGAUACUGACAAAUAAAAUGUUUUGUACAUCA